CCCCAAGAUGGCGGCGCCCGGCACCUAGCGGUCCCCGCGGCGAGCGCUGCCUGCCGGCCCCGGCGGGGCCCCCCCCGGCCGCCAUGGACCUGCUGUUCCUGCUGCUCCGCGGGCUGCGGGCGGCCCUGGACCUCCUGCUGCUGCUGCUGGACCUCAACUUCUUCCUGGUGUCCUCGCUGGUGUCGGCGCUGCUCUGGCUGCUCGCCGCGGCCUGCAGCCUGCCCGCGGCCGCGCUGGCGUGCUGGGACGGGCUGCUGGGCUCGGCGGCGGCCCUGGCCCGGGCGGCGGCGCAGGGGCUGUGCGGGCUGCUGCGCGGCGGGCUGGAGGCGCUGCGGGCGGCGGGGCACCUCCUGGCGCACCUGGCGCUGCGGGGCCGGGAGCUGCUGCUGCGGGAGCUCUGCGGGCUGCUGGGCGGCGGCCAGGCCCUGGCCAGGCAGCUCGGGGAGGGCCUGGCCAUCGGCACCAGCCUGCUGGCUUACCUGGUCAACAGCCUGCUCAACCUCUGCCUCCUCGGCACGCAGAACCUCUUCACGCUGGCGCUGGCGCUGUGGGACUCGGUGGCCGGCCCCUGCCUGCGGGCCGCCGACCUGCUGGCUGCCCUCCUGGCCCACGUCUGCAGCGGCGCCAUCGCCGUGGCCAUCCUGCUCUGGUCGCCCUGCCAGCUGGCCUGCGAGCUGCUGGCCGCCGCCGCCGAGCUCUUCGUCAGCGUCUUCUUCGUGAACAUCUACGGCCUGGGCUUGCUGCUCCUGAUCGCUGUCAUCGGCGCCUUUGUCUUCAACCCCGGGCUGCUGUGGACGCUGGCAGGCUACGUGCUGGGCUGCCUGAACGCGCUGCCCUCCUACCACCGCCUGCAGCGGGACGCGUGGAGGCUCUACCAGGUGGCAGUGCUGACGCUGGGCAUGGCUAUGACCUCGCAGGCUUGGCGCAGGUUGGUGGACUGGAGCCUGCAGGUGACCGACUGGAGCCGAGGAGGCAGAACGCCGAACCGGGAGAGCGCCCAGCGAGGGGCACCUGUGCUGGCACCGAGACCUGCGGCCCCCAGCAGGCUGACGCUGGCAGGGGCUGGCCAGCUGCCGGCCGAGCACGAGGACCCCCUGGAGGCAGAGCAGGGGCCACAAACGCGGCCAGCCCUGAGUCGAAGUGCCGCGGCAGGACAGCGUCUCCAGCCUCCCCGGGAGGAACCAAGCACCUGCAGGGGGAAAGGUCCGCGGAGGCAGCAGCUGAACGCAGCAGCAGCUGCGGAUGCUGAGGGCACUCCAGAUAACGACCCCUGGAUGCUCCUGAAAGAACAAGAGGAACGUAAGAAAUGUGUCAUCUGCCAAGACCAAACCAAGACCGUGCUGCUGCUGCCCUGCAGGCACCUGUGCCUGUGCCAGGAGUGCACGGAGGUGCUGCUGCAGCAGGCCAUCUACCAGCGCAACUGCCCCCUGUGCCGCCAGAUGAUCCUCCAGACGCUCAACGUCUACUUGUGAGCCCCAGGGCUGCCUCUGUUCCUUUCGGUCGAGGGCACUCCUGACUGCCUCUUGGCAGGAAGCAGAACUUCCCCAGGGCUGCUUUAAGCAGCUUCCACAGAACUAAGGGUGGUGCUGAGAAGGCAGCAGGCUGCUGGGAGUGCCUGCUGGCCAGAUCUGCUGUGUGACCGGCUCGUAGGUCUCGCUAGCAAGAGCUGUUGCUGAUCUCUGCAGCAGGCUGAAAGAGCAAGAUUGUUGUUGUUGUUGUUAACUUCUGUGGUCUCAGGGCCUGUUGCCUUGAGUCUGCAGCAAUCUGAGACAGAGAGCAGAGGGGAGAAGGAUGCUCUGGUCCCUCCUCGUCAAAGCUGAUGGCAAGGUGAAAGGCUGUGUCCUCCUGGGAAUCACAGGGCCUGGUGCAAGGCAAGGGAGGGCUUUUCCCAGGGUCUGACCAGAAAACUGCCUGGCAGACUGCAGUCAGACCUCUGUUUCCUCCUCCCACCAUCCAAGUUGGGGAGCUCCCUUGGAAGGGAAAAGGAUGCUCCUUUUGGAAAAGUCCUAGGAGGGCAGUGAGCACAUUCCAGCUUUUUAGGCUUUGCUGUCAGAGGGCUGAGCCUGGCUUUCAGCUGGGAAAGAGCAGGGUUCUGGGGGUAUUUCACAAUCCUUCCCCUGUGGCUUUGGGGUUUGAGCUUCCUUUUCCCCUUGCCAAGACAAGGAAGGGCCCUGCUGGGAGCAGCUGCAGAGCUCAGUGUUGUUGCUUUCACACAUCACCUAUGCAAGAGCAGCAAGCACACAGCAGGUCACUCACCUGGGGAGGCUGGAGGGAGUUACUUUAUCUGCUCGGGGAACCCGAGGGCUGGUUGGCUGCUCAGUGCUUGCAGCCCUGGCAGCAGCAGCAACCCCACACAUCUGAGCCGGUGCUGGAGACUCCUCUCUGGGUAAUGCACAUUUUCUUCAGGCUGAGAGCUCAAUGGAACUGGGCACUUCACACCAGUGCUUGCUUGCUGCUUUCCAGGCUGUGCUGGGUAGAGAAAAAAAACUCUUGGGGUGG